AUGCUUCUGAAUCACCUUCCUCUGAAAGUCACCGGAACGACCGAAUGCAUUCAUGUCAUCGGUCGACUUCGAUGUCCGACAAAUCCACUGAAAGCUGGUAGUGUUCGCAUUGAUCUCGUUGAUGAAGAUUUUUCUGGAUGUGGAGCUGAUUUUGGCCCAUUCAAUACACCGGACCCAUACCUGCGCAUCGAGCACGCGUGUCCACAUCAAGACGGCAGUCAAACCCACGUCACCGAAUUGAAUCUGGUGCCCAUUUUUCUGCCUCGUAUCGUAAAUCUGGGAUUUAUCUACUUGGAUCGAUAUCAGGACGAUACAGUAUGA